AUGUCAGAGGUACGUCCUCGUGUUCAACAAAACGACCUUCUCCUCCACGAGGCUGUCAUCAAAAAUGAACCAGAAGCUGUAAGGGAGGCUCUCAGGCGUCCAACUGAUGUCAAUUGCAGGAACAACUAUGGCCGCGCUCCUAUCCAUUGGGCGGCUAGCAGAGGCAACGUCGAAAUCAUAAAUUUACUGAUAGAAGCCAAAUGCGACAUAGAGGCGAUAGACAAGUUUGGGAUGCGACCGCUGUUAAUGGCGGCCUGGCACGGUCACUUACCGGCUGUGAAGACGUUUGUACAAGCAGGGGCGUGCAUAGCGGCCACGAACAAAAAACAGAACGAUAUCCUCCAAUGCGCUUGUGCGAGGGGCGCUAAGGACGUGGCCGCGUACGCGCUAUCCCUCGGCGCGCGCGUGGCGUCCUGCGACUCGGCCGGCGACUCGCCGCUGGCGCUGGCGUCGAGGGCUGGACACGGCGCGGUUGUUGAACUAUUACUAGACAGCGGCGCCAGUGUUGACGCUUUUAAUAAGGUAGGUCGUACAGCCCUGCAUGUGGCGUGCGAGGGCGGCCACUGCGGCGUCGCUGGUCUCCUGGUAGCGCGCGGCGCGGCCCGGGAGGCGAGAGACAACUCGGGGCGCACCCCCCUCCACCAGGCCGCCGUCCACAGGCACACCGAACUCGUAAGGACGCUCCUCGACACCGGCUGCAAUGUCGAUGCCACGGAUAAUAAUGGUGUAACGGCUUUACAAAUGGCGUGUGCUCAAGGAUGUCGAGGGAUCGUCGAACACUUACUGGAGUAUGGAGCCGAUGUACACUUACAGAAUAAUGUUGGUUCCUCAGCAUUACAUGCAGCAUGUGCCGCAGAUGCUACUGAUAUCGUGGAACUGCUCCUGGCACACGGAGCUGAUCCAGCUAUGACAGAUCAGUGGUCUCAAUCUCCUCUGAGCGUCGCCGGUAGCGCGGCUGAGUCAAUGCCGGAGGGUUUCCGUCGCGCCGCCCGGGGCUCGUUCUCCGCCAUCCUUGACCUCCUCACGGCUACUGCGAACCUGGUACAGGAACCAUCUGACGGAUCACCAUCACCUCGAGCGGAGGAUAAAUCUGGUGGCGUCUCACCUUCUCCUAAUGAAGGCGAGGGUGACGGGGACGGCGAGCGGUGAUGGUCGGCGACCACGCUGCUGGACAGACUGGCACAGCGCGGGUUUGCUGCAGACACACGACUUGCUUUACCGCCAACCGGAUGUGCACGAUAUAGGGAAUUGUGUUAUCGUGCUGCGCAGGCGCACCUCCCAGCGGAGUCGCCGCCUCGGCCCUGCGACUGUGUCAACUGCUCCGCUAGAAGAGACUCCAACUCAGACGCCUGACGUUCAGACGGAACACGCCCUGUACCCACGGCGUCUGUUUCUGUUCGUCGUAGGUCUCAUAAAGAUUCCACGAACUGAUCUUAUGAAUACAUUUUAUGGAGGCUUGACGAUUUAUUCACUAUUCUUUUUGAUGUUUUGGUAUUACGUAUGUGUAUUGCUUCAACGAUGGUAUAUAAAUGUAAGGUGAUGUCAGUACAAAUCUGUUUUUUCAACUUAAAAAUCGGAUUGGUACAUUGAAGUAUGCAACAUGAUCUUAUAUGAAGAUUUAGUAAUUGAACGCAUUUCCUUAGUAUUAAAUUAAAAAAAAAUAGUGAUAUAUUUGCGUAAGAACCGAUCGAAAAAUUAAAUUAAAAGAUAAAUUUAAUUUUUACCGCACUCCUUAUUGGUGUUUUUAUAACAAUUUAGUACGUACUUGAUGUCUAUGAAACCAAUCACAUAUCUUUUCUGAGAAAAUUGCUUUAUCCUGUCAAUUUAGGAGCACUCACUACGCAACAAUAUAAACAUAUAUAACCAAAGUCCUGUCCUGUCCUGUCUUGAAUAAACAUUUGUUUCUGUUCAAAUAGUGUUAAAAUGUUUUUUCAAAGCUUUCUAUCGCCAGCAUAUUGACUGUUGAGAUUUAUUGAUUGAAUGGCCUCAGACAUUCGGUCUACUUAUUAUAGUCCUAGCAUUAGGUACUCAAAGCAGAAAUUUGUCAUUUAAGGCGUUUAUUUUAAAUUUCGCUCCUUACAAUGUACUUCGUUUGUCUCUGCUAGUGCCUUAAAUGAACUCCUGGGUCCCUGUCGCAGUGUAGCUUGUAAGUUAAUGUUUUAUGACCCUUUAUAAAGUUCCCUAAGACUUAUCUACUCAUCAGCUCAUAUUUAGUGUAUAUGACCUUAAUGUACAACUCACGACCGCAUGUCAAAUUCGAUUUCUGUCCAUUUAUGUGUAUAAUUAGUGUUAUUAUAACUAAUAAAUAAAUAAUGGACAUAUCUUUACACAAUUUAUUGAAAAAUUACUACAUGAUAAUUUUUAUGUACUAAGACUAAUCUGAAAACAAUGUUUUGUAAAAAAUAUAAUAGUAAUUAAAGCUAUUUAUUAUAGAAAAUGUAAUAGCUGUGGUCCAGACGGUAACUUACAGUAACGGCUUGCUGAAAUGUCGUAGAUGUCUUAAUUUUAUAUCUAACAUCGAUUCUAGUGUCAUACUUUUCGCCAUUUUUAAAUAGUCUUUAAUCCGAUACUUUAACGUAUUUUAUA